AUGAGCACCAAACAACAAUUGGAAUCUACGGAAGAGAGCCUUCGAUACUACCAUGGCCUCUUGGAAGACAUUCUGGCUUCUAUCCGCUUGGGUAGCAAGGACCAGAUCGACCAAUUGGUGCUGGCGAUCCAAGACACCGUCAGGAAUACAGACCCUGAUGAAAGGAGUGGCUAUUCCAAAAUACAAGAAGCCAUCUUCUCAAUUCUCGGCGAGUUCGAAGAUGCCGAGGGUAGUGACGAGAUUUCGGAUGUUGACCAGAGAAAAAGACAAGAUGCUCCGGAACACUACCAUGCCAUCGUUGCGCCAAAUUGUCGAGAAUCUGCGAAUACAACGCGACAUAUACCAGAGGAACACCGCCGUCUCCACUGCCCGCUUCGGGCUCUGCGCGUCGCCAAGAUGCUCCCGGCGGGAUCCCAGCUGCGUCGAAGCUCACAUACACUCGCCGUGCUCUCGCCGAGGAGUAGCUCCCCCGAACCAGAAGCCACAGACUUGGAGGGCAACUAUUUAGGUCCCUCAUCCGGUAUUUCAUUUCUUACAAGGAGCUGGAGACGGUUGAAGCAAGACAACAUAUCGACAACACCGCGACUUCCCGAAAAUGAGCCCUCGAAGAACACGCCCGUUUUAUUGUUUGGCGAUCGACCCUUCUCCGACAAAGCCGACUGGUCCACCCUGGAACUGCCACCAAAGGAACGCGCCAUACGACUGCUAGAUACAUACUUUGAUUUUUCCAUUGUGACAUAUCGAUUCCUUCAUCGAGGUAAUGUGAUGGCUUUAUUGGACACUAUAUAUGAGAAGAAUAUUUUGCCCUCGAAUCCCCCGCCUAGCCAAUCAGCAGCCAAAGUGGGGGUAAUAUAUAUGAUUUUUGCAGUGGGGAUGCUAGGUGAAGAGCGAAAGAUUGGGAAUGAUGAGAUACAUCCGGAAAGUGAGAGCGAACGAUGGUAUGCCGCAGCCCGGCAUAUGAUGUCAAUCGAAACUGGACCACCGGCUCUAGAGACUAUUCAAGUGCGCUUGGUGACAGCUCUGGGACUGCAUAGGAGACGGCUGUCCAAAACGACUCGCGGUGGACCGGUAUAUGUCGAGCAGGAGCUGCGCAAGCGUAUAUUUUGGAGCGCUUAUACUCUGGACAAAUACUUGAGCGUUAUGUUUGGACGACCGCGAUUAUUAGAUGAUGAAGACAUUGACCAGGAUUUUCCGGAUGAGGUGAAUGAUGAAGACAUGUUUUUGGAAAAGCCACCGCGGAUUCAAGAUGCCAUGGAUGGCAUGAUGAUUGCUUCAAUUUUGCAUUUUAGGCUCGGUCUUCUCAUGGGCGAAAUCUCUCGAAGAGUAUAUCCAACAAAGGCAGUAUCCACAGUGGCCCCAUACGAAGCAGCCAUCGAACUCGUUGCAGAGUUACAAGAAUGGAAACAAAGCGUCCAUCCGUUAUUUGGAAGCGUUCGAGCGUCUAGUCUGAUCCCACCUCUUUGUCGACAAAGCCAUGUUCUACAAUUUGCAUACAACCAUGCCAUGAUACACGCGACUCGACUCUUCAUUCUAAACGACUUCACCGACUUGACGCGCCGACCUCUGGUUCCUCUUGACUUAGUUACGACCCAUGUACAGAACUGUAUUGAUGCGGUCAAAGAUGUGAUGCAGCGUGUAGAUGCAUUGGCUGAUCAGGGAUCUAUGUUGGAAUCUUGGUGGUUCACACAUUAUAUCUGUUUUUGUGCCAUUCUCGUGGCGUACAUAUAUACAAUUCAACAACACCAGUCAUCGACCCCCGACCCAACGACACCCAGUGUUUCCAGCAUGACGGAUGACGUGCAAGACCUGUUCAGUCUCGCGGAAAGAUGUCAGGUACACUUGGCAAAAGCUACCCGGAAAAACUGCCCUAGUCGUCGAUACGGUAUCAUUCUGGAGGAACUAAGGCUUGAGGUGCACAAUCAGCUUGCCGCAACAACCUCGACGACCACUAUCAAGCCCAAUAUACCGCAAACGAUAGAAGCCGAGGGAGUACAGCAAGGUCUACAGCUUGAUAGAUCAUAUCAGCUAGAAGCAAACUUUGACCGGCCGACUAUGAAUAUGAGUACAGCCUUGGACUCGUUUUCAUACCUGGGGAACUCGACUAUUCCCGGCAUGGAGGGUUCGGAUCUACUUGGAGACGAUGACUUUGGACUUUUGAAUAGCUUGGAUGGGUCUGUUUGGUGGACACAGUUGGAUUCAUGGGCUUACUCGAGUCUUAAUAACGACUCGUCGGAGUUCAACUUCUGA